AAUUUAUUUUUUGCUUGACAAUUUCUUCAGACUUUAGACAGUUGACACAAAUUGGAGUAUGGAAAAUGGACUCGACAGAAAACCCAAGUACCCGUAUCUUGGCCAUCAUAGUCCGGCUGUGCGCUAUGACCGCACUUACCUACUAUAGUGCUAAAUGGGUGGUCAAUGCUCUGGAUCCCAAUAACAGGAUGCGGAAUAGGGCCAAACAGUUGGCGGAAAAGCAGCUGAGUAAGCUCAAUUCGUCGGCUAGAGAUACAGCUGAAAAGAUACGAUCCCGAGACUUGAACGAACAUGAGUUGAUACUUGCAUCCCAUCUGGUGACCCCGGAGGACAUCGAUAUUACUUGGGCCAAUAUUGCCGGCCUCGAUGCGGUUAUCCAGGAGCUGAGGGAGACGGUGGUGAUGCCAGUGCGUCACCGCGAUCUUUUUCGUCGAUCGCAACUCUGGCGGGCACCCAAGGGAGUUCUUCUCCAUGGACCGCCCGGCUGUGGCAAAACCCUCAUAGCCAAAGCCCUUGCCAAGGACGCUGGUAUGCGGUUCAUUAAUCUGGAUGUGGCCGUGCUGACGGACAAGUGGUACGGUGAAAGCCAGAAGCUGGCCACUGCCGUGUUCACACUGGCCAAAAAACUUCAGCCCUGUAUCAUUUUCAUUGACGAAAUCGAAUCCUUUUUGCGGAUGCGCGGCAGCUGUGAUCAUGAGGCAACCGCCAUGAUGAAGACCCAAUUCAUGUUGCAGUGGGAUGGCUUGCUGAGCAGUGCCGAUGUUUGUGUGAUGGUCUUGGGAGCCACCAAUCGACCGCAGGAUUUGGACAAGGCCAUUCUGCGCCGGAUGCCUGCCCAAUUCCAUAUCGGAGUACCACGCGAUGGCCAACGACAGGCCAUUCUUAAGUUGAUUUUGCAGAGCGAGCAGCUGAAUCCCUCGGUUAACCUUAAGGAGCUGGCCAACUUGACGGCAGGGUUCUCCGGAUCAGAUCUGCGAGAGUUGUGUCGCCACGCCUCCAUGUAUCGCGUGCGCCAGCUCAUGCGCGAUCAGCGCAAUAUCGGUGUUGGUGGACCUGGUGAGAAAGCGUUUGAUUGGGACUUAAAGGUGAAGGAUCAGAGCUUGCAGGAGUGCCAGCAACUGGAGAUUCACAUGGAUGACCUGCUCAAAUCGCUGACUAUCAUGAAAUUGUCUAAGCUUCAGAUAAGCAGCGGACUAGUCGAAAGGGAUCUUGAGUUGGACUGAGCUUGCUAAUUAUAAUUGGAUGAGAAAGAAGGAUCUAUGAAAGAGUCUGCAAUCCUUAAAUAAAAACUGCAUGUUCUUUGUCAAUACA